CGCGGGGCAUUGUGGGGCGGAGGCGGCCUUUCUCUCUGCGUCCACAGGCGGUCGGGAAAUCUUCAAGUAAAUAACGUUAACGGGGGGAGGAGCAGUCCGAGGGCAGCCUGCGAAAAACCCAACACAUCUAAACUGUGUUGCGCUGAGCUUAAAUUAUUAAAAAUCGUAAUAUUAGAGAAAUAUGGGGCAGGAGGAUCUCAUGAACACAGCCGAAGACGUGGCGGACCAGUUCCUGCGGGUAACCAAACAGUACCUGCCCCACCUGGCACGCCUGUGUCUCAUCAGCACCUUCCUGGAAGACGGCAUCCGCAUGUGGUUCCAGUGGAACGAACAGAGAGACUACAUCGAGGCUACAUGGAGCUGUGGCUACUUCCUGGCGACAUGCUUUGUGCUGCUUAACCUCAUAGGACAGCUGGGUGGUUGUGUCCUCAUCCUCAGUAGAAAUUUUGUACAGUAUGCCUGCUUUGGACUAUUUGGCAUCAUAGCGCUACAGACUGUUGCAUACAGCAUUUUAUGGGACCUCAAAUUUUUGAUGAGAAACCUUGCCCUCGGAGGUGGUCUGCUCCUGCUGUUGGCUGAGUCUCGUUCGGAAGGAAAGAGCAUGUUUGCCGGAGUCCCCUCCAUGGGAGAGAGUUCGCCAAAGCAGUACAUGCAGCUGGGUGGUCGAGUACUGCUAGUGCUCAUGUUCAUGACUCUGCUGCACUUUGACUCCAACUUCUUCUCUAUCCUGCAGAACAUGGUUGGAACUGCGCUCAUCAUACUGGUGGCCAUCGGCUUCAAAACCAAGCUAGCGGCACUGACCCUCGUCGUGUGGCUUCUGGCCAUCAACAUCUACUUCAACGCUUUCUGGACCGUCCCUGCCUACAAACCCAUGCAUGACUUCCUGAAGUACGACUUCUUCCAGACCACCUCCGUCAUCGGUGGUCUGCUGUUGGUGGUGGCACUCGGACCCGGCGGAGUGUCCAUGGAUGAGAAAAAGAAGGAGUGGUAGGCAAACGGGGUAAAGAUAGAGGAUUGCACAGCACCACUAACUCCCCCCACCAACCGGGACACAUGACCCUCCCUCUCUUCCAGUCGUCGUUGUCGUCGCCCCCCCUCCCCCCUCCCACCACCACCACCACCACCAGGGUACAGUGUUUUGUUUUGUUUUUGUUUUUUUCUAGCUUAUUUUUUAUUUGGCCAACAGACACACACCACCUCACCCAUCUAUGGACAAUUUUUUUCUAUAUUCCUCCAAACUGCUGUUUUUCGUUUUUAGUUGAAUAUAUAUAAUGCCUGAUUUUUUUUCUAAACUCUUCUUGUAUGUCGUCUUUUUUGAAGACAGCAAGAAUAAAAAAGCCCAGUGUAUUUCAAAGUGCAAGGUAAACAACUAAUGGAUGAUAAAUGGAAGAAAAGAUUUAUUUGUUCUGUGUGCACAAGGAAUAAAAAGAUAUAUUUUACAGGAGUUUAUGCCAUGAGUUACAAUAAAUUAACGUUGAUGCUUUAUAUAUAAAACCGGUAAAUUGGAGUUCAGCAGUUUGGGUUCCCCCCCCAUGGACGCUGAUCUGUUUCCGCCGUUGGAUCUUGGAGUGUCUGAGACUUACUUAGCGUAUGGAACUGUGGCACUGAUUUGACAGCAACUUGCUUUGACUCUCUAGGUUUCAGCUCCCCUCCUUUUUUUCCCUGACACCUUAGCCUUUUAUUCAUCUGUACACCUUCAAUCUCAACUGACUGUUGUUCAUGGGGAGUCGAAUCCGAGGGGGGGGGGCGUGUACAUUGUAUACAAAGUGGUGGAUUGCAGUCGUGCUUGAUUGAAAAAUUCAACACAGUUGUUAGCUCCAGGACUUGUUAAUGGGCACUUUGUACUGUACGUCUCUGGCAAAUGCCUAACUAGUGAACUGUAUAUGAUCGGGGGAUAACAGGGGUGGGAGGCUCGACGUUUGUGAAACACCAUAUUCUGCGAUCUAGAAAAGCAAAGAGGACUAAGCAGAGUCACUAGCCAUCCGGACUUUGUCUUUGCUCAGUGUUUUUUGCCCUAUGUAAGAAAAAAUUACAAAAAAAGAAUAUUCAGUGUAUUGAUUUUCAGAAGUUUAUAUUGUAUUUUUGAUCAUUUGUUUUUUGAUUUUGGAAGUUCAUGGCGAAGAAAUAAAAAUUCAGAAAUAUAAAGUCACUGUCUCAGUCAAGGUUUUUAGCUCUUACGAUGUUCUCGGAGGCUGAAGGUUUUUGGUGGACAAGAUAAAUUCAUGUAAGUUCUACUUACGAGUACGAACAUGCAAUAUAGUGAAGUCUUUGCAAGGACCUGUUGGGUAUCACUGAAAAUGGUGAUGAAAAGUUAAAAAACAUUUACCAGAUUUCAGUCCAAGGUCUGGACCCAGUCAACAAAACACUGUUGUGUCACAAGAAUGAACCAACACGUAUGUACAUGACAUGUAGGUGCUGUACUGGACAGGUGGUGGAAUCAGCUUGUUCUAAGGUCAAAGACUUUGAGCAAACACUGACCUCUAAUGGACUACUGUGGUAAAUGUUCACUGCAAUGGAGCAUUUCGUCAUUUCAAGCCACACUGAUAAAAUAAGAUAUGGGACAAAGACAUUGCUACAUACAUCUGAAGGUGGUUGUUGAUGUCAAAAAAAAUGUUUGUGUGUUGUUUACAGUGUCACCUGCUGAAAGAAAUUCUGAUCAACAGAGCUACUCGACCAUAGAACUUUUACCAUGAACUUCAAUAAACAGCUCUUAUUAGCAUGAACUGA